GCGGAUUCUUGGUUAGACCCUAACAAAACCUCGGGGCCGUAUAACGCUCUCAAGGCUCAGGAGGAGAAGUGAUUUUCGAGAGAAAUGAAUCGUCGGAGUUUAAUCUCAAGGGCGCCGGCAGGUUUCCGGCAGCUCUGUACUUCAUUGAACGAGUUGAUGCGCAGUCCUGCGAAUAAUCAACGGGGGCUCUACCCGAGGUUGUCGGCCCUGGGUGCUACUGGCGGUAGCGUGGCGAAGACAAUAAACCAGUUCAUCAUGGAGGGAAAUAUCGUCAAAAAAUAUGAACUCGAAAAAUGCAUAAAGGAGCUCCGGAAGUAUCGUAGAUAUCACCAUUGUCUUCAGAUAAUGGAAUGGAUGGAGACAAGAAAAAUUAACUAUUCAUUCACUGACUAUGCCCUGCGUUUAGAUCUUAUAUCAAAAGUUAAUGGAGUAACUGCUGCGGAGAAAUAUUUCUAUGAUCUUCCACCAUCUGCGAAGAAUCGAUGUACUUAUGGAGCCCUUUUGAACUGCUAUUGCAAGGAAAUGAUGGAGGAAAAGGCUUUGACUCUUUUUAAGAAGAUGGAUGAGUUGAAGAUUUCUACUAGUUUGUCCUUUAACAAUCUUAUGACCAUGUACAUGAGAAUGGAUCACCCCGAGAAAGUACCUCCUCUAAUAGGUGAGAUGAAGCAGAGAGGCUUUUAUCUUACUACGUUCACAUACAAUGUGUGGAUGAACAGUUGUGCUUCCUUGAAUGACAUUGGAAAAGUUGAAGAAAUUCUUGAGGAGAUGAAAAUGGAAGACAGAAACAAAUUUGAUUGGACGACAUAUUCGAAUUUGGCUUCUUUCUAUGUCAAGGCAGGGCAGUUUGAGAAAGCUGAAUUAGCUCUUAAAAAGUUAGAGGAAGAGAUGAAAUCCGAUAAGAACGAUCGUCUUGUAUACCAUUGCUUGAUAAGCCUCUAUGCGUCGACUUCCAAUCUGAGUGAGGUGAAUAGGAUAUGGAAUGCACUGAAAUCAGUUUAUUCAACGAUGACUAAUAUAAGCUAUCUCGUCAUGCUUCAGGCCCUAAGAAAACUAAAGGAUAUUGAGGGUCUUAAAAGAACUUAUAAAGAAUGGGAAUCAAAUUGUCGCAACUUCGAUUUGCGGAUAGUUAAUGAUAUCAUCGGGGCUUACCUACAACAGGACAUGUACGAAGAUGCUGCAAUGAUCUUUGAGGAUGCCACUAAGAGAAGUAAAGGACCUUUCUCUAGGGCCCGAGAAAUGUUCAUGGUUUACUUCUUGAAGUUGAAGCAAGUGGAUUCAGCAUUCAGUCAUUUGGAAUCAGCUUUAUCUGAAAGCAAGGAGAAGGAAUGGCAUCCAUCACUAGCAACGACAACUGCUUUUCUAAAUUACUUUGAGGAAGAGAAAGAUGUUGAGGGUGCUGAAGAUUUUGCUAGGAUUUUAAAGAGACUUAAGUGUCUAGACGCAAGUGGAUACCAUCUGUUGCUCAAGACUUAUGUAGCGGCAGGAAAAUUGGCCCCCGAUAUGCGAAAGAGAUUGAAAGAAGACGACAUUGAGAUAAGUAGUGAGCUUGAGGAGUUGCUCGGAACGGUUUGCCCCCAAUAAAUACGUGGUCGCCAAAGAUAUACGUACCACUUAUUGGAGUUCUUUCGAAUUCAUAAACAUUUGUUUAAUAGGUCGUAAAAUGCUAUUGUUACAAAUGGUAUUGAGUUUUAAUGGAAUGUCAUGCAUAUGCAAAUUGAUAAAUCUAGUGUAUUAUUAAAUUACAAUGAUUGACUUAUGAAAUUUUUCAUUGUAGAGGUUAAAUUGUUUUACUUUUCGUGGUAUAAAGACUAAUUUCCCUUUUUU